UAGUUUUAAUUUAGUUUAGUUUAGCAAAGCAAGGGCAUGCUGACAGGUCAGACCAGGUCAGACCAGGUCAGACCAGGUCCAGAUCGUUGUAAAGUGUUCCGAUGUCUUGACAUCAUACAUGAUGUCAUAGUAAUGUGAUGAUGUCAUAUUUAACGUUCUUGCACUAUUAUGACAUCAUGCAUGACAAACAUCAUAAAUACAUACAUACACAACAUAACAAAUAUCACCAUAUAUGUUAUGUGACAUCACCGUGACGUCACAGUUUGGUGUCCUGAAGUGGAGUGAGACCUCUUCACUGCUCUCUGGCUGCAGUGAAGCGCAUGCGCAGUUAACGCCUGCCCCUGUAACAGCGGAAGUUGUGAGUCAUCGUCGUGCAGAGAAGAUCUCUGUCAGCCGGAGCUUUCAGCCAUUUUACAGCAGCUUCAUUCACACCUGCUACCAGCCCAGCUCCGGGUCCGGUCCGGUCCGGAGAGACCCGGUGAUGACGACACACUGUGGACCUGAACCCGACAACAAACCGUGAAGCAUCAUGGGAGGUGGCAGAUGGACGAGCCGACCGUGGGCAGACCGGAGGCUGUGACACACACACACACACACACACACACACACACACACACACACACACACACACACACACACACACAAACAAUGGAUCAAGGCUUCAGCUUAAACACACUGAAGAAGCUGGCGGCAGAACCGGACUACACGGACGUGUCACUGACGGCAGCUGAGCGCGUGCGGGCACUGGGUAAGAUGGGAUGCAGUGUGGAGAUCAACGAGGACAUCGCACCAAGACGCUACUUCCGCUCCGGCGUGGAGAUGGAGCGCAUGGCAGCGGUUUACCUUGAGGAGGGCAGUCUGGAGAACGCCUUUGUCCUCUACACCAAGUUCAUCACCCUGUUUGUGGAGAAGCUUCCAGGUCACAGAGACUACCAGCAGUGCAGCAUUCCAGAGAAACAGCUCAUCAUGAAGAAACUUCAGGAAGUGGCGUUUCCUCGAAAAGACGAAUUGAAGAAGCGUCUUCAGGAGAAAUACAGCAGGGAACACAGCGAGUACCUCAGAGCCCAGAGCCGGGCGGCUGUGGUGGAUGGGUGUGGCCAGCAGCUACAGCGACUCUCCCUAUUGGACGAGGACAGGAGGCGGUUCCUGUUAUUGGAGGAGGAGAGGCAGCGUGUCGCCGCCCUGCGUCGCAUGCAGAUCGAAUCAGAACAGUUUCGAUACUUUGAAGAACAGCUGAGGCGCCAGGAGCUGGCCAAUAGGAGAGGAGAGGAGGCAGAGCAAAAGUUGGGGACCAAAGUGCCUGAGGUGAUGGACAGUUCCUGUCUGCAGCCAAUCAGAGACAGCAUACGAUCCCAGGGGGCAGAUCCUAACAGGAACAGGCCACCAGCUCCCAUCAGCCAGUCAGGAGCCACAUUGGCUGGAGUACACACUCAGAGGGUGGAGGGUCUGAGGCGGGUGGUGAUUCCCAGAGAUCUGACAUAUCGUUUCCUCCUGCUGGCCGACUCCAACACAGCCAGAGGCAUCGAAACCUGUGGAGUUCUCUGUGGACGGCUGACGCAGAAUGAGUUCAUGCUGACUCACGUCGUGAUCCCGAAACAGUCGGCCGGUCCAGAUUUCUGCGACAUGGAGAAUGUAGAAGAACUGUUCAGUUUCCAGGACCAACAGAACCUUCUGACACUGGGAUGGAUCCAUACUCAUCCCACUCAGACGGCCUUCCUGUCCAGCGUCGACCUUCACACUCACUGUUCUUAUCAGCUGAUGCUGCCGGAGGCCAUCGCCAUCGUCUGCGCUCCCAAACACAACGAUUCAGGUGUGUUCAGGUUGAGCGGUCCAGGAAUGUCCGAGGUGUCGGGCUGCAGACUGAAAGGUUUCCAUCCGCACUCCAAAGACCCGUCUCUCUUCAGUGUGUGUAAACACGUGGUCAUCAGGGACUCAAAGGUUGUUCUGCUGGACCUCAGUUUCUGCUGCAGUGACAUCAUACGUGACAUCAUACGUGACAUCUGUGACAUCAUCUGUGGCGUGUUCAGUGUGCCUUCUGAUGAAAACACGGCGUUUGUUUAUUUCAAACCAGCAAAGUAUAAAACUGUGACCAGGAAACAGCCCAGGUGCAUUCUGGGACACUAAAUCCGUUUUUGUGUGAAUCUGAACCGGACCAGAACUCAGAGACUUUCAAAAUAAAAGCUGGAUCCACCUGAACUCCGGCUCGGUAUUGGACUUUUAUUUUAACAUCUUCUUGAACGUCACUUGAUUAUUGCGUGUGUCUGUGUUUAUUUUCAUAAUAAAACACUUCCUGUUA